AUGCGGGGCCCGGGCGGCGGGAGCCUGCGGCAGGCGCAGCCCCGGCUGGCGCAGCCCCGGUUGGCGCAGGCCCGCGCCGAGCUGCCGGCCCUGCGGGCGCUGCCGCGGGCGGCGGGCGGGGACGAGCCGGGGCAGCGCCUCCCUCGCGGGGGCGGGGCGAGCGCGGCGGCGGCGGCGGCAGCGGCAGCGGCGGUGGCGGCCGCGGCCUCCGGCGCCCUGCUCGGCGCCUAUCUGGAGCGCCACGGUCCGGCCGCGGUGGCCUCGGAGUUGCCGGCGCCGGGCGGGGCCUUGGCGGGCGGCCCCGGCAGCGGCGGGGUGGUGGUCGGCGUGGCGGAGGUGAGAAGCUGGCGCUGCUGCUGCCUCCUCGGCAGCACCUGUUGGUGCCGGAGCCUCGUGCUGGUCUGCGUGCUGGCCGCCCUGUGCUUCGCUUCUCUGGCCCUGGUCCGCCGCUACCUGCAGCACCUCCUGCUCUGGGUGGAGAGCCUCGACUCGCUGCUGGGGGUCGUGCUCUUCGUCGUGGGUUUCAUCGUGGUCUCGUUCCCCUGCGGCUGGGGCUACAUCGUGCUCAACGUGGCCGCCGGUUACCUGUACGGCUUCGUGCUGGGCAUGGGUCUGAUGGUGGUGGGCGUCCUCAUUGGCACCUUCAUCGCCCAUGUGGUCUGCAGACGCCUGCUCGCCGCCUGGGUGGCCGCCAAGAUCCAGAGCAGCGAGAAGCUGAGCGCCGUUAUUCGUGUGGUGGAGGGCGGAAGCGGCCUCAAAGUGGUGGCGCUGGCCAGGCUGACCCCCAUCCCCUUUGGGCUUCAGAAUGCAGUGUUUUCGAUUACGGAUCUCUCAUUACCCAACUACCUGAUGGCAUCUUCAGUUGGACUGCUUCCCACCCAGCUUCUGAAUUCUUACCUGGGUACCACACUGCGAACAAUGGAAGAUGUCAUUGCCGAACAGAGCAUUAGUGGAUAUUUUGUGUUUUGUUUACAGAUUGUUAUAAGCAUAGGCCUCAUGUUUUAUGUAGUUCAUCGAGCUCAAGUGGAAUUGAAUGCCGCUAUUGUAGCUUGCGAAAUGGAACUGAAAACUUCUGUGGUUAAAGGCAAUCAAGCAAAUACCGGCGGCUCUUCAUUCUACAACAAGAGGACCCUAACAUUUUCUGGAGGUGGAAUCAAUAUUGUAUGAUUCUAACAAAAUGUGUGACGGUCAAGAGCCGCUAGUGUGCUGGCCAUGGUCUAGCAGUUCCUUCACUGUUGGGCGAAAGACUAGUUCUUACUGUAUUACGGCACAAGCAAAACUGACUAGUUUUUAAAUUGCACAAUUUUUUUAAGGCAAGAAUCCUUUUCUGGAUAUGUAAAUGUAAAUGUAGAUGCAAUUUUGGCUGCACCUCUUUAUUAUGCCUGUAAUGGCCAACAGGUCUGCACUUUAGUAUUUUGGUAAUUGUUUUCUUUCUGGGUACUUAAGAACAGAGAAAUAACCCAAAUAUUUUUUUUUUCUGCUUACUGCCUUUAUUUAUAAAAUCCAUAAAUAGUUGUAUGCAUCUUUCCCUCUUCUAAAGAAGAGUAAAGUAUGCAGUUUUAAACACAUUCUAUUACUGGACGUUCUUUGCUUUGGCAGUCUUUCUAGAAAAGAUGAAUAGUGGUUUUUGUUUUGUUCUGUUUUUUGUUUUUUUUUUAAAUGGAAUCACUUUUCUUCCCUAUUCCUUACUGGUUAGAAAACAACAUUAAAUUUUGCUUGAAUGUAUUUUUGCAAGCAUCACAUUAUUGCUGGGCCAUUUAUACCUGUUCAUACAAGCUUAAUCCUACAUUGUGGGACUGAAGUGCUCUUAAGAUAUCUUUUUCUUUUCACUGUGUAAUAUGCAAAGCAAAAAGGAAAUUGUUUAAUGGAUGAUGGCUCCAAAUUAGAACAUGGUGUUCUAAUUCAGUUAUGUUGGCUUUAUCCUCCUGAGAUCUUUCAUCAAAGGGCUGUCCCAUUGCAGUCUUACUAGAACACUUAUUAAAGUAAAUAUUUAUCCUUUUUGUAUGACUAAUUAGGCUUUGAAAUAAAGACACUAGUCCUUUUAAAUGAUGGGUUACCAUCAUUGAAGAUGUCACUCAGGUGGCCUUGUUUGCUCAAAACGCCUUUUUAAAAAGCCAAGCUUUAAAGUCAUGUUUAUAGUUACAUUUGUAUGUGCACAUGUAUUUGUCCCCAUAGUCUUCAGCUUUAAUGCCCAAAAUUUGUAUUAUUUGCCAUAGAACAGAUUUUGUUUUGUUUUGCUUUGUUUUAUUUUUGUGAGUUUGGUUUUGGUUUUGGUUUUGGUACUUUACUUUUCUCUGAUAAGACUCAGGAAUUCUGAAAUGUGAGAUUGUCUCAAUUAUUUCUCUGGUAGCAUGAAUCAAGUGUAUUUAUUAAUAGUA